UUGCCAUCGUUACAGCCAGUCAAAACACGACGACGUCAUCGCAACUGGAGUCAAAGCUAACUGGUUGCUAGCGUAACUUUUUCUUUUUUUUUUUUUUCCUUCAGACUCCGUGACUUUCAUGCGCACAAGUUGUGUCCAAAAUGUCGACAGCUCCUACUCAGGGAGCGGCUUUUGGCAGCUGUCAGGAGAGGAGACUGUUUCCCCUCCAUUAUGCACCAGACCGGCUGGGAAACCAACAUUCACGACUGGGGGCGCCGCACGUCGGUCCUGGCUGCUAUGACAACCAUGAGUUCGGCUCCAUAGUUUAUACCCUGCAGAAGACACCGUGCAGUAAUAAAGGAUAUGGCCUCUCUGCAAGGACCGCAGCACGCUUUCCAGUCUGUGGCAAGCAGACAGUGACCCCUUCCCCACAGCAGUACCAGGCAGAUCAAAGCUGGUCCACAGUCCCCCCUCCCACCAAAACGCCUUUCAACUCCAACACACAGAGGUUUGAAAGCGCGCCGUGUACAGCUGACGACAGCCCAGGCCCUGGGACUUACGCUCAUGAUACCGUGACAAACAGGAAAGUGAGCUGGCCGAUGUGCUUUGGGAAGCCAGACUGGUCCAGACUGCCUCAGCUGGAGAAGUCGUCCCUCAGGGUGAAGCUAACCAGCGAAAAGGACUUCCUGAAGCACAGGAGCAGAGUGGCCUACUUAAGUCUGUAUUACUAACUCUUCUGCUGAUGAUGCCACCACGAUUUUCACUAUUAAACAACAGCAAAGCUGAACUGACUGAAACUGUCCUCAAAAGUUGUAUACUUCAGAAUUAAAGAAAGAAACUUG